GAUUGGGAACGGGAUCUCUACGUCCGUAACGGCAAGUGUUUCGGUGUCUAUGAGUUGGGAAAACCGGUUCUCUAUCUCUCGGAUCCGGAACUCAUUCGCGAGGUUUUGGUCAAAGACUUCCAUAUGUUUACCAACAGACGGGAGUUCCGUACGGGCGGUGAUCCUAUAUUUGAAAACAUGGUUGGCCUUCAAAAGGAUUCCGAGUGGAAACGGAUCCGUUCAGUAAUGUCGCCCACAUUUACGACCGGAAAACUCAAACGAAUGACUCCUUUAAUCCUUGAAUGCGUGGACACUAUGAACGACAACAUCGACAAA